AUGCCUCCCGUCCGCCGCUCGGAUCUCUCAGGCGCCGAACGCCGUGCUGCCCGCAAAGCCCCUCCUGAUGGAUUUUCUGCUAUCGAGGAUACCAUCCUCGAAUUCCAACACCAGCAGAAAGACGCAGGCAAGUGUGAGGGGUUUAAGGAACUGUGGAAAGUCAACCACAAAAAAUCGCGAUUCGUUUACGAGCUUUACUACAAGCCUGAUGUCGAGGCAGGUGCCGAACCUAUUUCCAGAGAGUUAUAUGACUAUCUGAUUAAGAAAGGUUAUGCCGAUCAGAGCUUGAUCGCUUAUUGGAAAAAGCAAGGCUAUGAACAGCUUUGCUGCACUCAGUGCGUUAAGAAGAUGAAGGGUGGUACUAAGUGCAUCUGCCGCGUGCGCAAGGACCAUUUCACUGACAAGGAUGGAGCUCCUGAUUUCGCGUGCGUUACUUGCGGUUGCUCUGGCUGUGCCAGUGGUGACUAG